AUCGAACUUAACGUCCGCUCUUUUUUCUUCAUUCCGCAGAUGCCCACGUAAUACGUGAGGUUCAAAGCGUUUCCACAGUAUCAGUGCGCGGUCACAUACUCUACGUAGGCACACAACGGGGUCACAUACAAGUGUAUCAACGCAAUCCCAAUCACCCCUACUCCUAUAAACUAAUGCAGGAUGUGCCGCUAGCGCCACGCUACAUAACCGAAAUCUCCUGGAGUCCCAUAGCCAGUGAUCAAGUUGCUGUAGUGGCCAAUGCCAACAACAUACACAUACUCAAAACGAUAUCACCAGAAGGUCUUCUAACGCCCAUGCGUCGCAUAGAGAUUAAAAAUCCAAAAGCUGCUAAUGCUUGCGUCAAAUGGAGCAACCGCAGUGCCACAGAGUUUCUCACUUGUGGUUUCGAUGGUGGUAUACGCGUUUGGGAUUUGAAUUGCAACACAAACGAUGAGAAAUUUCUUAAACAAUUUCCCUGUCCAAUGACAUGCGGCAUCUUUUUGCCAACCGACGAACAGAUUGUGAUGUGUGCUGGUAAAUCUACCUCAGUGGAGUUGUUUGAUAUGCGUUUAGAAGAGUCCGUAGUUUAUUCGGCAUCUAAAUGGAAGCGCUCAAAUACUCAUACAUUAGACCACGUCAAAUGGGCCCUCAAAGUGCCAUCGCGCGCUGAUACGGCUAAACCAUUGACGGCGGCAGAAAAACGGCGUAGCCACCGUAAUGCAAAUGGGGCUGAUAAUGAAAUACCUGUUGGAGUAGAAAGUGCGGAUGGAGCGGAGAAUGGCGGGAAUGCUGAAGUGGUCGAUAUGUUGGGGGCGUUGAAGUUAAGUGAGCCGACGCCAAAUAGCACAGUGGAACAGAAUGUAGGAGAUGAGCUGGUAGUGCCGCAGCAGCAGCAGCAAGUGGUUAAGAAAAAUGAAAAUAAGACUGGCAGCGCUUCAAUUUUCAUGAGGAAUCCAACCACUUUAUUAAACCUAACCACCAAGGAACUGAACAAAGAUGUCUUGGAGAAAUUGAAUUUUGUCUUAAAUCAUUCAGGAAGCAGGAAUUUACUUUGUUCGAAAUUAUUUGGCACAAAAGCAGAAGCUCAACAUUUGUUGGCAGAAGAAUGUAAGUACUGAAUUGAACUUGAGAAAUCAAGUCACAAGCCAUGCUACAUAUCGCUGGUUUGCUGGAAGAACGUCAUAUUCUAAGGAAUACAAAUUUCGAGUUAAACCGCUGUAAAGCUUAAUCCUUGAACAAAAAAAAUAUUAAUACACGUAGAUCUCGGUUCGACAAAAUCUUAAAAAAGUCUCGGAAACCCCAAAAUAUUCUGAAGUAUUUAAUUAAAUGCCUGAAUAGUAAAGCCAAAUGUCCGGAAAAUAGCCCCCAAGUCUUGAUAAAACCUGAAAAAAUUUGUGGGAGAUCCCGUAAAAUAGAACACGAAACACCCCAAAAAUAACAGAAAAGUCCCGAAAUGAAUGCAGAGCCCGAAAAAGUCCAAAAAACGAAGAUCUCGAAAAGUAAAGCAUAAAUCCUGAAAAGGCUCGCGCAAAUCUUGAGCGGUUCUGAAGAAAAUCUUGAGAGGUCUCAAAAAUUCGGAAAAUUUCCGCGUAGUCUAACUAAUGGCUUUCAUUUUUACCUUUUGCGUCGGGUUUUGUGGAAAAUAUUCGUUUGCAUAAAUAUCUGAUAUCUACAGUUAUAUUAAAAAAAUAAAAAAUAAAA